AUGAGACGCCAGAACCGUUCGUGCGACCAGUGCCGCAAGGCCAAGCGGGCAUGCGAUGCGCCCUCGCUGUGGGACAUUCAACGAAAUUCAGAGAGGCUUCGAAACGGUGCCGACGGCGCCGGUGGUGCCUCUCUCGCAGAGGAGCAUCUUGAUGAGAUUGAUUCUAGAUCUCUCCGAUGUUCAUACUGCCUGCGCACUCGCAAACAAUGUACCUUCAACUGGGUUCGAGCUCAGUUACAGACCGGCCCUGCUACGACAAACACCACGGCAAGCAACGAAGCUACCUCUGAAAAUGGCGCCCACCCUCGCCGUGUUCCCGAUCAGUCGCGCACAAAGGCCAAACGUCAACGGCCGCGCCCUCAGCAACAGCCAGGACCUUCGCCGGCCCAAGCGCCACUUCCCAACCAGGCGUUAGAUGUUAACGCAACCGCUUUGCUGGAUAUGCUGCAGGCACCUCCGACGACGCACGAUUUGACCUGCUGGGGACCGAUGGACACUACUGGCUUCGCCAACUUUCCAGCCUUUCCCAGUACCACAUUCGAUACUAUGCCUGUGAAUGGCGUCUUCGAUCCAACUGUUUUCGACGCCAACCUUCACAACAGCGUCUUGCAUAGUCUAGAGCCUCACUCUACACCACAACACCCACAUCCUAUGGACCUUACGCCUUCCAGUGAGCUUAGUGGUCAUGCUCUGCAUACACAUCAUCAAACUACAGACGAGGAAAACGGCGAAAACGGAUGGCCACUUUUCCAGACUCACUCGGUUGGCAGCGAUGUUCCUUUCCAACCCUCACCUUCCGGCUCCAACUCGUACGAAAGCGAUAUCUCUUCAAGAUCACUUAGCGUUCGCCACUACCCAGAGAGUAUGGCAAGAAGUUACAGCACUUCAAUAUCGCCAUUUUCAGUAACACACAACAUGAUGACUAAGACGAACAACAACCUGAUUUCAGAUAACUUGAUGAGGAUAUACCACGACGUCCUAGAGCAUGCUCUGUCUUGCUGGCUAUCGGAAGAGACAUGUCCUUAUAAACCCAACACAAUUACUCGACCGUCUAACAAUGGCGUGAGUUGGCUUGCAUCUCACUUUGAGGGACUUAGCGUUGGUCAACCGAAACAGCAAGACAAUAGGAUUUACCGACGUGUUAUUCAGCUUGACAAGAAUGCACAAUCGACACGACUUAUUCGACUUAGCAAAUCCGAUGACCGAGCUGCCAACAAGGCUUUGCAUUUAGCCAUUAUGGCGUUUGCCACCCAGUGGGCGCAAGGUAGCCAACGUGAGCGAGACAGGUUUCCAUCAAGCCUGACACAGAUGGAUAGCAUGAGAUCUGAAUUCGAUGAUAUUAAUGAGGAUUUCGACCGAACGCUUCAGAGGACGUUCUGGGCCCAGGCUAAGCGCGCGUUGCAGGAUUGUUCUGAUAUGGAGUGUUUCCGCGUGGUUUGUGCUGAUUUAAUAAUGGGACUGGCGCAAAAGCCGAGGGACGAGGAAGACAACAACGACGCGCCAUACACCACGAGUAAUUUUGAUGGGGAAAGCCCCAUCGCCUCGGGCGAGGGAUCGAUUGCUUCUCAACUCAGCGAGAUCAUCGCCGCAGAAGGCCCCCCGGUCUUUAUGGAACGGGCCGCGAGAAAGAUGCAUGCUCUCAAGUUCCAGUACGAAGCUCGGGAAACAGGUGUUUUGGAUGUGUCUGGAAGUUCCCUAGGACUGGAAAAGGCUACAUCCGCAGAGUCUCUGAGCGAGGAGGACAAGGGUACUAUUGGCCUCGUUUACUGGAUGACAGUAAUGUUCGAUACUGUGUCUUCGUCCAUGAACGGUCGACCUGUUGUUGUUUCGGACGAAGAGUGUCACCAUGAUCCGACGUAUCCCGACCAUCCUGAGCAUGAAUCUUACAACAUUGAGUACCGGCCGCAGGAUGCCAGGUGGUGGGCAGAACUUUUCGUGCGCGAGAACAGGGAGGGAGUUCUACGAUGGCCAUGCUCGUAUGAUGCCGCCUCUAAGGGCGUUGUCACGGCAGCUCCUAUUAAGGUCAUCCUUUUCCGACACGUCUCGUACCUCCAGAACACGGUCAGGAGUCGGUAUCGAGGCGAGCCAGUUGAGAAGGUUAUUUCCAAUGCCAUGGCUGUGUACAAACAUUGGAAUGUAAGCUACGGUGCCUUCUUCCGAGAUCUAGUCGAACAGUAUGACUGUGUCCCAACACUCAUUCAGAGCUGGUUCGUAUGUGUGGUAGCCCACUUCCACUGCGCUGCUCUCUUACUUGCAGACUUGAUCGAGCUUGUUGAUGACAAUAAGCUGGGUCUCGAAUACUCUACUCAAGUACGCCAAGCAGCCAACGUGGUGGCUUCACUACGUAGGGAUAGCGCGGCUAUUCUUUCAGAUCUUGCUCGAGUAUCAACACGUCCCCGAGCUGGCGAUGUACCAGGGACGGGUAUCUCUGAUCUUCACUUUGCAGUUGUCGAAGGUUCUAUUUUGACAGAGCCAUGGACAAUGAUACUCAUCCGGGCGUUUACUAAAGCGGCUAUUCUGCUUCUUACAGAAGUGGAGGAGAGCGUGCGACAUGAGCACCAACCUCUCGAGUAUCCUGGCGUCAUGGAUCUGGUUCGCAGGUGCGAGGACUGCACUAAAGCACUCUGGUGCUUGGGCAAGAAGUCGGACAUGGCCCGCAACAUUGCGAGCAUCCUGUCUUCGGCACUGGGUCCAUAUAUGAUGCCAAGGGCUGUCUCGCACAUGCCCGUGUCGUCUAUGGAACCUGUUAUGGUGUAA